CUCCUCCUUAUCCUCACUCACUCACUCCACCAGCACGCUCGUUGCCUCUCUUCGCCCGCCGCAGCUCAACAUGGUCAGCGAGCAGACACCGGCGACCACCGAGCUCGAGGUGGAGAGCGGCGAUGCGGCGCCUGUCAUCGAGGCUGAGCAGCCAAAAGACGAUGGCGCGCCAGUCGUCGAGGACGUCAAGGAGGGCGACGUGGAUGAAGACGACGAGGAGGAUGAGGAUGAUGAUGAGGACGACGACGAUGACGCUGAAGACGGCGAGCUAGGUGUGGCCGGGAGCGAGGGCUCCAAGCAGAGCCGGAGCGAGAAGAAGAGCCGCAAGGCCAUGAUGAAGCUCGGGAUGAAGCCCGUCACCGGCGUCAGCAGGAUCACCAUCAAGAGAGCCAAGAAUAUACUGUUCGUGGUGUCCAAGCCGGACGUGUUCAAGAGCCCGACCUCGGAGACGUACGUGAUAUUCGGGGAGGCCAAGAUCGAGGACCUCAGCUCCCAGCUGCAGGCGCAGGCCGCGCAGCAGUUCAGGAUGCAGGACCUCAGCAAGGUCAUUGGCGGCGCCAAGCCCGACGCGGCGGCCGGCGCUCCCGCCGACGAGGAGGAAGAGGUGGACGAGACCGGCAUCGAGGCCCGCGACAUCGACCUCGUCAUGACGCAGGCCAGCGUGUCGCGCGGCAAGGCCGUCAAGGCCCUCAAGGCGCACGACGGCGACAUUGUCAGCGCCAUCAUGGAGCUCACGGCCUAGCCAUAGAGGCGCAGCCUUUUGCCUGCUGCCGCGAGCAGCAUUAUACCGACUUGAUCGUCCGUGCCACGCACCGCGCGCUUGAAUUUGCAUAUUCAGUUUGCUCUCCUCUGUUCUCAUCAUGGAUUUUGCACCGUGUUGUCAGUUUUUUUCCAGAUUAGUGUUCGUCUUUUAAGUGGUCAAA